GUUGAGUAAGGAAAAGAAUGGAGGGAAGAAUAAGCUUGACGACGGAUGAGGAGAGGAAGAAGAUGAAUUUUUUAGCAAGGAGACUCUCUUUCGGUGCAUCCGAAGCAAGCAAGAUCCAGUUUGCAGCAUCUAUAUCUCCAAGGCCAUCUUCUGCUUCAUCAACGUCAAUCCCACUACGCCCUAUGAGCCCCGAGACACCGUGGGCACUGCUCUCCCCCGUCCGCACAUCUCCCUCUCAACCCCUUCUUUACCAUUGCAUCGCCUCUCUCCACCGCCGCGAUGGUAGCAUUCUCUCCAUCGCACUCACUAAAGAUUUUCUUUUCACCGGCUCCGACAGCAGACGAAUCCACGUCUGGAAGCAACCCGACUGCACUGAAAUCGGUUACAUGAGGGCUAAUUCUGGUCAAGUUCGCGCCCUCUUGGCCUACGGAAGAAUGCUCUUCACCACACAUACUGACUGCAAAAUUCGAAUUUGGAAUAUUGUGUCCACCGCCACAGAUCAUUUCCGACCCAAGAAGAUCACAACCUUGCCUCAAAGAAACCCCUUCUUCUCGUUCUCGAGAAAGAGCACCCACCAACAACACAAGAACAUCAUUUCUUGCCUUGCCUACAACCAUGAAGAAAAGCUUUUGUACACAGGUUCUUGGGACAAGACCGUCAGGGCAUGGAAUGUCUCUCAGAAGCGUUGCGUGGAUUCUUUCGUUGCACAUGACGGUCAUGUCAAUGCGAUUGUCAUCAACGAGCAGGAUGGCUGUGUUUUUACUUGCUCCUCUGAUGGCUCGGUUAAAAUAUGGAGAAGGGUUUUUGGAGAAAACUCUCAUAUUCUCACCAUGACGCUCAAGUUUCAACUUUCCCCUGUUAAUGCCCUGGCGUUGAACUUGUCGCCAGCUGCACCCACUUGCUUGCUCUACUCAGGCUCCUCCGAUGGGCUCAUAAACUUCUGGGAGAAGGAAAAGUUGUCCGGUAGAUAUAACCAUGGAGGGUUCCUACAGGGACAUCAUUUUGCUGUUCUUUGCUUGGUAGCCAUAGGGGAGAUAGUGUUCAGCGGUUCGGAGGAUUCAACCAUCAGGAUAUGGAGGAGAGAGGAAGGAAAUUGCUUACAUUCAUGUCUUUCUGUGGUGGAAGGACAUCACGGGCCAGUGAGAUGCUUAGCUGCUUCUUUGGAGUCGUCGGACAAUUUGGUCAAGUGUUUCCUGAUUUUUAGUGCAAGCUUUGAUCAAACAUUGAAGGUAUGGCGGGUCAAAAUAUAUCCCACUGAAAGGGAAAACUCGGAGGAGCCAAUAUUGAAAGAUCAGCAGCAUAGAGAGGGUGUGGAGUUCGAGAUGAGUCCAGUAUUAUCACCAUCAUGGGUGGAAAAGAAGCUUCAAGGAGAUCCUUUUCACUAGGAAUAUUAUUUGAAAGGCUUCCGGCCGGCCGGUCAUGUAAAUUAAGUUUUAAUAGUAAGUACUCUACGUUUAGUAUGCUUUAUUUUGGUGCUUAAUAAAAUCAUCAGCUUGUUUGUUUUU